UUUAAAUCCUGAUAUAGGACAUGCUGUGGAUCCCAUAGUCUGAAGAAAUGAAAGUCUAAGCAUGUGUCAGAACCCAGCACACUUCAGGAAGAGUUCAGCUGUAUAGUUUUAUUUAACUGUUAAAGGAAAGAGGCUCUUGCCAAAUCCCAUACCCUGAAGCCCAGGGUCAUAUUCUCAACCUUCAUAGAAUCGUUGGUAGAUUGGACUUGUUAAUCAUCCUGACAGUAGCUUUGUGUUGCAUUUGCUCUGUUUGUUGUCUUCUCUGCAAGGAAUAAUGCUGCCAGCAUGUCUGCACACUCCAUGCUUUCUGAAAGGAUUUCCAUAGCCAAAGAACUGAUCAAGAGAGCAGAGUCACUUUCUAGGUCAAGAAAAGGUGGCAUAGAAGGGGGUGCAAAGCUGUGUAGCAAGCUGAAGGCAGAACUAAAAUUCUUACAGAAAAUAGAGGCCGGGAAGGUAGCUAUUAAAGAAUCCCACUUACAAAGCACGAAUCUAACACACUUAAAAGCCAUCGUGGAAUCGGCAGAGAACCUGGAAGAAGUAGUUAGUGUUCUUCGUGUUUUUGGCUACACAGAUACCUUGGGAGAAAAGCAGACUCUUGUGGUGGAUGUCGUAGCAAAUGGAGGUCACACGUGGGUCAAAGCCAUUGGCCGGAAGGCUGAAGCACUGCAUAACAUCUGGCUGGGCAGGGGCCAGUAUGGUGACAAAAGCAUCAUUGAGCAGGCUGAAGACUUCCUCCAGGCUAGUCACCAGCAACCAGUGCAGUAUAGCAACCCUCACAUUGUAUUCGCAUUUUACAACAGUGUCUCCAGCCCCAUGGCCGAAAAGCUGAACGAUAUGGGCAUAUCUGUAAGAGGAGACAUCGUAGCCGUCAACUCUCUGUUAAAUCACCCUGAAGACUUACAGCUGAGCGAGAGUGAGUCCGAUGAAGAGGGCCAAGAACUUCUGCAGGUGACAAGAGUAGACCGAGAAAAUGUCCUGGCGCGUGUUGCAUUUCCAACAGAGAUCAAGGUUGAUGUGUGCAAAAGAGUAAAUCUGGACAUUACUACUUUAAUCACAUAUGUAUCUGCCAUGAGUUAUGGAGGCUGCCACUUUAUCUUCAAAGAGAAAGUGCUCACAGAACAAGCAGAGCAAGAGAGGAAAGAGCAGGUUUUACCUCAGCUGGAAGCGUUUAUGAAGGACAAGGAGUUGUUUGCCUGUGAAUCUGCUGUCAAGGAUUUUCAGUCUAUUCUAGACACCUUAGGGGGACCAGGAGAGAGAGAGAGGGCCACUAUGCUAAUUAAACGGAUCAGUGUGGUACCAGACCAGCCUUCUGAGCGUGCCUUGAGACUCGUAGCGAGUUCAAAAAUUAAUAGCCGUUCAUUAACAAUUUUUGGGACCGGAGAUACCCUGAAAGCCAUUACAAUGACUGCCAAUAGUGGUUUUGUCAGAGCUGCCAACAACCAGGGUGUUAAAUUCAGCGUGUUCAUCCAUCAGCCAAGGGCACUCACUGAGAGCAAAGAGGCUUUAGCCAUGCCCUUACCAAAAGACUUCACCAAGGAUAGCGCACACUAAUGGUGUCCUUUACGUGUUGUCCUGGAAAUCCAUUAUUUAUACCAAAGGCUGGCCUUCUGGUCUAAGUUGGGAGAAGAAAAGUUUAUAGUAAAAGUAAUAUUUAGAACUCUUACAUAUUUAAAUAGAUGGUUUUUGUGUUUUGUCUAUUUAAGGUCUAUAAAUUAGAAAAAGCCCAGGAGAUAAUCUUAUCUCCGCAUUGUAGCAGGUAAGAACAGAAAUACAUCUGUAUAAGGCUUCUAGCUGUCUCGUGAUGCCUUGGUUUGCCUCAGUAGGGUCGCAGCCUCCGCCACGGGUCUGCCGUGGAAUGUGCCUGCAUGAUUCUCAAAUUCAUUAAAUAGCUGAAGAAAACUCUGA